AUGGGUGAACAUGCUGGCAAUCUCGCUGACAGUCUCGCAAGAGAACACACUGACGGUAUCGCUAGUGAUCGCGCUGACGGUCUUGCUGGAAGUCGUGCUGACAGUCUCGCUGGUCUUCUUGCUGGAGAUCGUGCUGAUGGUAUUGCUACCAGUCUCGCUGGUAAUUUUGCGGGUGAUCGCGCUGACAGUCUUGCCGGAGAUCUCGCUGGUCGUCUUGCUCGAGGUCGCGCUGAGGGUCGUGCUGAUAAUAUUGCAGGAGGUUUUGAUGGAAGUGUUGCUGACGGUCUUUUUGAAUGUUUUGUUGACGAUCUUGUUGAAAGUCUUGCCGAUGGUCUCGCUGGUCGUCUUGCUAGAGUUCACGCUGAUGGUCUUAAUGAUAGUUUUGCAGGAGGUCUUACUGGAAGUUUUGCUGAAGGUCUUGCUGGUCUUCUUACUGGAGAUCGUGCUGAUGGUUUUACUGAUAAUUUCGCAGAAGGUCUUACUGAAAGUUUUGCUGACGGUCUUGCUGGAAGUCUUGCUGACGGUCUCACUGGUCUUCUUGCUGGAGAUCACGCUGACGGUAUUGCUGGAAGUCUUGCUGACGGUCCCGCUGGUCUUCUUGCUGGUGAUCACGCUGACGGUCUUGCCGGAGAUCUCGCUGGUCAUCUUGCUGGAGUUCACGUUGAUGGUCGUGAUAAUAGUUUUACAGAAGGUCUUGCUGGAAGCUUUGCUGACGGUCUUGUUGAAAGUCUUGCUGACGGUCUCGCUGGUCGUCUUGCUGGAGUUCACGCUGAUGGUCUUAAUGAUAGUUUUGCAGGAGGUCUUACUGGAAGUUUUGCUGACGGUCUCACUGGAGAUCUCGCUUUUCGUCUUGCUGGAGAUCGCGCUGAUAGUAUCGCUGGUCGUCUUGCUUGA